AUGGAGGCAGUGGGGGGGAGGGGAUCUGCAGCACCAGCCCCCCCCGCCCCCCCCUUCUCCUACCUCCCCCUGCUGCGUGUGCAGCAGUGGGGGGGAGGGGAUCUGCAGCACCAACCCCCCCCCCUCCCCCCCCCCCUUCUCCUUACUUUUUGGGGGGUGACGGAUAGUGGAGCAGCAGUGAGGGAGGGGAUUUGCAGCAUCAGCCCCCCCCCGCCCCCCCUUCUCCUCUCUCUCUCUCCCUGCCGCACCUUGUGUUGGGAGGAGGGGAGGAGCUUGGAGAUUCAGGGGGAGGCAGGAGGGGAUAUGCAGCACCAGCCCCCCCCGCCCCCCCUUUCUCCUCCAUCCCUGGCGGGUGAAGGAUUGUGGAGCAGCAGUGGGGGGGAGGGAAUCUGCAGCACCAGCCCCCCCCGCCCCCCCCUUCUCCUACCUCCCCUUGCUGCGGGUGCAGCAGUGGGGGGGAGGGGAUCUGCAACACCAACCUCCCCCGUCCCCCCUGACGGAUAG